AUGCAAGAGAUGAGAAAAAUUCCCAUUCCUUCAAAUCGAUAUACUCCAUUAAAGGAAAAUUGGUUGAAAAUAUUUAAUCCAGUGGUUGAACAGCUUCAUCUACAAAUUAGAUUUAAUCUUAAGACAAGAAAUGUUGAAAUCAGAGAUGCAUUAGCCUUAGUACGAUUAGAUGAAUUAUUUGUAGAAUCAUUUCAAGUUCAAGAUGUAAAGCGAUUGAGUGGUGAUCAUUUAUCUAGAGCAAUUGGCAGAAUUGCUGGAAAAGGUGGAAAAACUAAGUAUACAAUUGAAAAUGUCACAAAAACACGGAUAGUUCUUGCUGACAGCCACAUACACAUUUUGGGAUCCUAUCAAAAUAUUCGUGUUGCAAGGACUGCACUCUGUAACUUAAUAUUAGGUAGUCCACCAUCUAAAGUUUAUGGAACCAUGAGGCAGUUAGCAAGUUGUAUGAGCGAAAAAUUCUAA